AUCGAACAACGGACACAAGCUUAUCGUUUUCUAAUAAGAAUACAACUUUUGGCAUUUGAUUACUUAUUUGUUUAGAAAAAUGAUUUGUCGUUUAUGUUUAGUGGAAAUAACUAAUGGUAUAAAACUAUGGUCAGACAAAGGUGAAAGUGAAGUCGCAAAGGUUAUAGUAAAGUAUUUUUACAUUGAGAUUGAAUGCCACGAAAAAAUUUCUAACGAAAUUUGUUGCGAGUGUUGGACGCAUAUUGACGAUUUCCACAAGUUUUGGCUGAGUAUAGAUGAAAAACAGAAGACUUUGCAAAACCAUUUAGAAUGCAAUGAAACGAAACAUCUCAUAGAAGAUAUUGAUACAGAAGAAUUUCCCUUAGCCCAUAUUAACUCCUCUAUUGACUAUAAAGAAAUCGGGUUGAGAGAACCACAAAUAGAUUUGGCUAUUGUACAGUCGGACAUUUGUGACGAUAAAGUUGAAUUCGAUGCUGCUGACUCAGAUAACGAUUGUGAAGCUAAAUUUGAAUUCAAUGCUGUUGACGACGACGACGUAUCAUCCGAUGAAGAAUCGUCCACUACACUUAAGGCGCAAUCUACUAAUAUUGUAAAAACGAGGAAGAAGAAAAGGGAUCUUGAGGAAAGGCCAAAGCGCAAAUACAGAAAAAAAUCUUUAAAAUCAAAAGACGAUGUUGAUGUGUCAAAGGAUGUUGCAAAUGAGGAAGAAGCCGCAAGUCGGCGUAUGGCUAAAUUAGCAUUGAUCGCAGAGAUGGAUGAGUACAUUGCACAAAAUUCGGAAUUGAGUUGCUGUUUGUGCAAGCAACAACUUAAAGACUUCCUUCAGUUAAGAAAACAUUUCCGGGAGCAACAUAAUUGCGAAGGUUAUAUGACUUGUUGCAACAGUCGCUUUUUAAAACGUUCUCUUUGGGUAGACCAUUUAAAAAUGCAUCGGGAUCCAGACUUUUUAAAAUGCCACAUUUGCAAUAAGAAGUUGGCAAGCCGUAAUACUUAUCAAAAUCACAUGGAUUCUAAACACCCUGAUACGGAAGAUUUACAAUUCUUUUGCAAAUUGUGUCCUAGAAAAUUUGUUAAACAAUAUCUUUUGGAUUAUCAUAUGCGAUCAAAACAUACGACUACACGCGAUUUCAUAUGUAAAAUAUGUAACAAAGGAUUCGUUAGUGCUGGGGUUUUGAAGAAACAUGAAAGGAAUAUUCAUCUAAAUGAAUAUGAAUCUGUAUGUGAGAUAUGUGGAAAAUGCUUUAAAGCCGCUCACAAUCUAUUGCGUCACGUAGACUCUAUUCAUAGCGCAGAACCACGUACUCGAGCUCAAUGCCAUAUAUGCCAAAAGUGGCUCAAAAAUGCAUAUACGCUUAAAAAGCAUAUCAUUGCACAUAGUGAAGAGCCUUUAGGUAAAGAAUACCCUUGCACUAAAUGCAAUGCCAUCAAAUACUCUAGACAUUCAUUGGCGGCACAUAUACGUUACCAUCAUUCGGAUCGAAGUUUUAAAUGUCCUGUAUGCAGCAAAGAGUUCAAACUACCAAUCGCCUUAAGGGAACAUGAGGCUAGACAUGCUGGAAUACAUCUCUACACAUGCUCGAUAUGUGCAAAGAAGUUUAGGUCGAUCCGAAAUAUGCGUAAACACAUGGCCAAUCAUUCAGAUGAAGCAUUACACCAAAAAUGUAAUGAAAAUGUGCAACAAAAACUUGAAGAAAAGUUACCACAACAGUCUAUGCAUGCGAAUGAUAUACCUUCUGGGUAUAUAAAUCUUUUACCAAUCACUGAAUCACAGUCUUGAACUGCAGCAAUACACAGUAUUAAAAAAUUGUGAUUAAAGAUAAAAAUUAGUAAGAAAAAA